GGGGUAUCAGUUAUAUUUCUGCGAUUCUUUGUUUAGGUUACUUGAGUUAUAGCUCUAACUCUGCUGCGCGCGGUAACAAGGUCUCCGCUAGUCCUUUAUGUGACGUAUAUUUCUAGGAACUUUAUCUGUUCCCCUCACGCGCUCCGCUCCGCGCCUGCGGACCGCAGUGCGCAGCAGCCGAGUGAAGGUUGCUAAAGCAGUCCGCCCUGCGCCCUGCAGCGCUGGGCGAGCACACUUGCGCGCGGGCUGAAUGACAUUAGUAGUAAUCAUUAGUAGCCUUAGUUUAACUAAUUAUUAAUAAAGAAGGGUCCUAGUUUCUAAACUCGUAUUACUGCCUGCGAGCGCGAAGCGAGAGCAGGAUUCGCUCCUGCGCUCGCCAGCAGCGCACUGCGCUCGCCCAGCGGAGCGCGCGGAGCGGUGGUUCUGCUUUAUGCGCUUCGCUCCCUUCGGGGGCGCACUGCGCCCUGCGGGGAGAUAAAUUUUAAUUCAGCUUCAAGUUACUUCCUUCUGAUAGU